ACUUAGAUCCAAAUCCAUCUCGCUUACGAUUCCAAUCCCAAGUUUCCCAACUCCUCCAACCGAAUCCCUUAUAAUCCUCGCCGUCAACAACCACCUCCAAUAAACCGUAACAAGCCAGCGACAUCCAAGAACGCACGGCCACCGCCAUGGCCACCGCGCGCGGCCUUCUCCUACCGUGCAUCCUCUCGUUCCUCCUCGCCGUCUCGGCCUUCGACUCCGCGCCCCUCUCGACGCUCGUCGCCGCCUCCGCCAAUGGCAGCUCGCGCGACGACGUCCCCGCCCAGCUGAGCGCGUACGAGAUGCUGGAGGGGUUCGGCUUCCCCAGGGGCAUCCUGCCGGUGGGCGUGACAGCGUACAAGUACCGGCCGUCGGACGGCGCGUUCCAGGUGUACUUUGACGGGGACUGCGAGUUCGAGGUCCCCGGCGGGUACCGCCUCACGUACCGGCGGGUGAUCUCCGGCAACGUCGAGGGGGGCAGCAUCCGGAACCUCGGUGGCGUCUCGGUGAGGAUGUUCCUGCUGAACUGGGGCAUCGACCGCGUCGUCAUGGAGGACCCGGGCCAUCUCAUGUUCUACGUCGGCCCGCUGUCGCAGGCGUUCCCGGCCGACAGCUUCGAGGAGUCCCCCGAGUGCCGGUGCCGAAGCCGCGGCGACGACGGGGACGGCUUUGACGUGGCGGCGAUGUAGGAUCCGGCCGUUGGGUACGUGCAGCGGCGAGUUAAGUUGGACCUGCGUGCAUGCAUGUGGAUUAAUCGAGGUGCAACGGAGGUGGUGAUCAAACGGAACGACGAUUUGGCCGUGAUAUUUAUGCAAUUUUUUUUCGCAUGUGCAAUUUCGUUUUGAUUGUUUAAGGUGAGAUGCUUUCUAUCAUUGUAUAGAUCUGAAGAGCAUUGUGACUUUGCGUAGGCGCCGCGAUUAAAUCAGAGUGACAACUAUUAUUGGUUA